UUAAUCUUCUCAUCAUCAAAACAAAACUGCAUAACACAAAAUGGCAUUCCUUUUGAAAAACACCUUGUGUUUGGCUCUAAUCAUCACUACAUUUUCGUUGUUACAAACUAGUUUAUUUGCUCAAAACUGCGGGUGUUCUCCUGACAUGUGCUGCAGCAAUUUUGGGUUCUGUGGCAAUGGGGACCCGUAUUGCGGUCCUGGUAACUGUCAAUCUGGACCUUGUCAGAGCACCCCGACUCCAAGUACGCCAACUACUCCGAGUACUGGUGGUGGUGGUGGUUCAUCCGUGUCUGAUAUUGUGACUCAGGCAUUCUUUGAUGGGAUUAUUGGCCAAGCUGAUGCAUCUUGUCCCGGGAAAAACUUCUAUACUCGCGCUUCCUUUCUUAAUGCUGUUGGUGCUUUCCCUCAGUUUGCUACCUCAGGCUCCAGCGAUGACAACAAGAAGGAAAUGGCUGCUUUCUUUGCUCAUGUUUCACAUGAGACUACCAAUUUCUGCCACAUAGAGGAGAAGGAUGGAAACCUCCAAGACACUUACUGCGAUACAGACAACGAAGCACAAUACCCUUGUACAGCAGGGAAGCAGUACUACGGCAGAGGACCUCUUCAACUGUCAUGGAACUACAAUUAUGGUGCUGCAGGAAUCGCGAUUGGAUUUGAUGGAUUAAACAACCCUGAAAUGGUGGCUACUGAUGUGGAUACAUCCUUCAAAUCUGCAAUGUGGUUUUGGAUGACUAAUGUUCACUCUGUUAUGAACCAAGGUUUCGGCGCUACCACCAAAGCCAUCAAUGGUGCUCUUGAAUGCAAUGGCCAAAACCAGGAUCAAGCUAAUGACCGUAUUCAGUUUUAUCAGAAGUAUUGUGCUGAUUUUGGAGUUGCUCCUGGUGAUAAUCUUUCAUGCUGAUUCGACAAGUGACUCAACUUAGUUUAUGAUAUUAUUGAUAUAUUUAUCAAUGUGUAAUGCAGUAAUUUGUAUAAUUACUUGCUGAAUAAAACAUAAAGAUAGCAUAAUAAGAAAUUUCCAAAUAGAGGCUUAUAGUUUUUGUAUUUGAUUAUCAUGGAUGUUAAUAUUUUGAAAUUCA